GUGAGAUCUCCACCCUGCUUCGUGCACUGGCACGUGUUGGGCUGAAGGUGGGCCGCUUGCAGUUGCUCGAUGCGGCAGGAACGGGUGCCGGCCCGCAGGUGCUUCCGGCAGCCGUGCGAGCGCUGAUGCGGGUCGAAGGACUGGUCGUCGACCUCUCUGGUUGCAAAGCUCUCCAAUCCUUCCGCGACUUCUCAGUUUCAGGCAGUGCUGAGGCUUUGGAGAUUGACCGCUGCGUAGCAGAGCGUCGACUUCUGCUCCCAGCUGGAUCUGUACGAAACUGA